AUGAUCAGAGUAACCAUAGUGAGCAUCAGUGGGGCCGAGAGCAGUCUCACCAUGGGCAUCUUGCGGGGGCUUCAGGUUUCUUACGAUCCUAUCGGUCGAUACGAGGUCGGAUAUGAAGCAAACACACGUGGUGUCUCCCUUUAUUUGGUUACUUGCUCGGGCUCCCGCCAUCUCUGGCAGGUACCCUGCGACAGCGAGGUCGAGAUGCCUGCAACAGAGCUGCAGACUGAUCAAACGGUCUUGCACGCAGCGGGGAAGCCUGAAGAAGUGCACGAGGAAGAGAAGGAAGAGGAGGAGGAGGAGGUGCUGCCUUUUGGGGCCACCACGCAGCCGCCAAUGCAUGAGGCUGACGCAGUGCGUGUCCCUGAAAGCCUACUGGAGGCCCUAACAACCCCAGCAUCCGAGCUGGAUCUGCACACGCUCGACAGCACCGAUGCGGAAGCAGUUCUCCAACAAGAUGAGCUGAAUCAGGACUUGAAGAGGCUGAACUUAGCUGGUAUCGACGCGCUUGCCUACAUCUUGAUGGUCAAGCAUGGAUCGCUGAAGCGUGCCUUCGACUGGUUUGACACCCACCGAAAGGGCAAGUUCAGUCAUGUGGCAUGGGCCACAGGCAUGAUUCUCCUUAGGAUCAACCUGGAAACCCUGACAGGGAUGAAGCCUUCUCAGGUCUUUAACAUGAUGGAUGGGAAUCCGCAAAAUGGUUUUGUUUCCAGGAAGGAAUGGACGAGGUUCUUUGAAGCUCUUGAGGAAGGCAGGUUGGCCGAGCUCCUCGAAAAGGCUGCAAAAGAGCAGGGCACCAUUGCCGAGCGGGUGAAGCGGCGUGCGAGCAAGCUGGAAGCAGAACGCCCCCCUCCUGAAAAGCCUGAGAAACCCAAGCGAGGUGGGAGGAGACCCUCUGCAGCUAUUGCUUCUAAUCUCGUGCCCCCUGCGGACAAUUCUGCUGGGGAUGCCCUUGCGCAAGAGGAGGAGCUUUUCCGCAAGAGAGCGCGACAAGCCCUUAAUGCCCUGGGUCCUGGUGAUGCGCUGACUUUUGCCAGCGACACCUUCACCAAGUGGCAGACCGAUGAGCUUUCAAGGCAAAAGGUCCUGUCGCCCGCAGCACUACAGGUUCCGGGGCUUCUGCUUCCGGAAGAGAAGUGUGACAUCGUUGAGGCCGGGCUGCUGUGGAUUCCAAGCGCCGAGGUUGCCGAUGAGAUGGGCUUGUGGGUCCUGUCCAACGAGAGCGAUACCAUGUCCAAAUCGAAGGCCAGAAUUGGCCACUCCAACACCAUGGCGCUGAAUACCUCGGCCCUCGGUGGAGACAGUGCCGCCAUAGUCGUGUGCAACCUCCACAAUUUCGCCAACGAAGCCGGCGAUCAGCUCAAGAAGCUCAAGGGCACUCACGGGCAUCUCGAGUUCCCGAAGGACUUGACGCGGACGCAGCGCUUUGUCGUGCAUGCACUUGCUGCGGAGCAAGAGCUCACGACUCUGUCAGAGGGCUUUGCUGGUGAACGACGGCUUGUCGCUUACGACCUGGGGGACUUUGCAGAGAACCUCCGAAGGAUCCUGCAGGACAUCGGGCCCGGAGAGACAAAGACGUUGUCGGAGAAGCUCACUGCUGCGCAGCGACAGCUGGUGUACACCAUGGCAUCGGACAUGGAUUUGUCUGUCAGCGGAACCGCAAACUCGGGGCUGCAGGUCUGCAACCUGCAGCAGUUCAAGGCGCAGGUCCAUGAUCAGCUUCUGCACCUCCAUGACGGAGCGGUCGUGGACUUCGGCACAACUCUUUCGGAAGAGGAGAGGAAGGUUGUGCACGAGACUUCAGCAGCGCUAGGGUUGACGACUCAAACACAAGGUCGAGCAAGAUUGCUGAGGGUGGCAAAUCUGCGAGAGUUCCUCGACGCUGCUCGUGCCAGAUUCAAGGCUCUCAAGGAGCCGGAGGAGAAGCUGACAUUCGGACCAGGGCUCACGGCUAUGCAGCUUGCGGCGCUGGAAGAACUGGCCACCGAAGCGGGCUUGCGCUUCGCGAGGAGGUCGUCAGCAGAUGGAGUGACGCUGGUUGUCUCGAAAGCAGAAAUCCCACAUCUGGGAGAUGUUGAGGAUGCAAGGUCUUCCAAAGGCCCCGCCGGCCCCAUACCCAAUCCGGACAAGGAAGCAUCCGGCGGUGAGACUCGAGUGCAUGAUCCGGAGGCAGGCCAUGAGAGCCACGCUGCCGAAGAGGACUUCGACCCACCAGCGCGAGAGAGGGACUCCCAGGUGUCGCUCAUCUCAGAAGUUUUCGAGGCAUACUCUUCAGGCAACCACCGCGGCCAGCGAACUUUCCUUCGGUUCUCGGACUUGCGCGAAUUCGCAGAGGACUUGAGGGAGCUUCUGCCAGAAGUGCGCAAGACUUUCCACCGCUUCACAGGCGAGCUUGAGAAUAUCUAUGACGACACCCAGCAGCUGCAGUGUGACAUGGGUGACCAUUCUGCCAAGGGACUCACGCUCCGCUUCUUUCAGGUCUUCAUUCAGAAGGUCAUUCGGAGGUUGGGUCCAAGCAUCGUUGGCGUCCUGUGCGCGCUGGUUGAUGGACGCGACCGUGUCUAA